CCGGCAUGUUUGCUACACCUUCCUCAGAGACUUCUGCAGGAAUUGUAUUGCUUCUCGUAUAUGUCGAUGACAUUGUGAUUACUGGCUCAGAUACUGAGUUAAUUAAGCAAUUACAACAACAUCUCAAGGCCUCCUUUCACAUGAAAGAUCUUGGUCCCCUGCAGUACUUUCUUGGCCUUGAGGUGCAGCUUACUCCAACUGGUACGUUGUUACACCAGCACAAAUACACGCAGGACGUUAUUUCAUUGGGUGGUCUCCAAUCUGGUAACUCUGUUUUUACUCCCUUGGAGGUAAAUCUUAAGUUUCUUCAGGAAGAAUGAAAGCUUCUAUCAGAUCCAUCCUUGUAUCGACAGCUUGUUGGGAGUUUG